AAUUUCAUAAGUAUAUUAUCUCUUAUAAGAUUAACCGUAAUAAUGACUAUGAAACAAAAAAAAAGUUUAAAUAUUACUCCGUGUUAGGGUUUAACAAUAAACCACCUAAAACCCCAAUUUCCCUCAUCUCUCACCUGCUUGUGAAACCACCGCACUCUCUAAUGGCGGCCUUCGACCACAGCAAAGACCUCAAUGAUGUUGCCUUGAAGCCUCGUUUGCUACGCAUCCUCCUCAAAGACCAACUUCCCGAUGAAACACACCCACUUCGUAACCCUUCUGAGCUCUCUUCCAUUAUUUUCACUCUCAAAAUCCAUAGCCUUCUUUCCGAAGAUAUUCCUCCUUCUGCUCAUCAGAAGCAUGUUUCUGACUGGAACUCUGCUGUUGAUGCUUGGGUUCGUCGAAUUCUAAUUCUUUGUCGAAGUGAUUUGCCAGAUAAAUGUUGGGCUGGAGUGUGCUUACUUGGAGUGACUUCUAUGGAAUGUAGCUCUGCACGCUUCUUAAAAUCACACUCAGAUUGGUUCAAUGUGCUUCUAUCACAUAUUCAGCCAUCUAGUGGAGCUUCGCAAUUUGUCAAGGUAUCUUCCUGUGCUGCUGUGUCAGAUCUUCUAACAAGGCUCGGUAGAUUCUCAAACCUAAAGAAGGAUGGAAACUCUUAUGCAGGAAAACUUGUCCAGCCAAUUCUCAAGCUGCUCAGUGAGGAUGUAACUGAGGCCGUGUCAGAUGUAGCAGCUCAUUUGCUGCUGACAAUCUUAAAUUAUUUCCCUCCUUCAGUUCAUCGUCAUCAUGACAAUGCUGAAGAAAUUAUUGUGUCAAAAAUCAUGUCUGCUAAUUGCAAUGCCAAUGUGCUGAAGAAGUUAUCUUGUUGCUUAGCUUCACUUCCAAAAUCAAAAGGAGAUGAGGAUAGCUGGUCUUUGCUGAUGCAAAAGGUUUUGGUAUCUUUGAGUGCUCUUCUAAAUAGCACCUUAGAAGGCCUUGAAGAAGAAAGAAGACGUUUGGAGGCUGUUACAUUAUUGGUUCCACCAGGGAAAGACCCUCCACCAACGUUGGGGGGAAAAAUGAUGACAGGAGAAGCAUUUAACACUGGAGAGAGGUCCCAGAAAAUGCUAAUCUCAUCCAUUUCAUCACUGAUGCAGUGUUGCUGCAUGAUGCUCACAAAUUCUUAUCCUGUUCAGGUAACAGUCCCUAUAUGCCCAUUAUUGGCCAUAAUUAGAAGGGUGUUGAUGGUCAAUGGGUCUUUGCCAGAAGCCUUACAGCCAUUUACAACUGCAAUGCAACAAGAAUUUGUAUGUUUGCAACUUCCUGUUCUACACCUAAAUAUGUUGGAGGUUCUUGCAGCAGUUAUUAAGGGAUUACGCAGUCAGCUUUUACCUCAUGCAGCAGACAUUAUUUGGUUACUAAUGAAAUAUCUCAAAACAUGCUGCAUGCCAGAGCUGAGAACUAAAGUUUACUCCAUAAUCAGAGCUUUAUUAAUCUCCAUGGGUGCUGGAAUGGUACUGUACAUCUCUGAGGAAGUGAUCGACAAUAUAUUUAUUGAUUUGAAGUUUGCUGAUACUAUCAAUGAUGUUGGACCCUUGGAUGAGCAGUCACAUGUUAAAGUAUCACAUCCUCUCCAGAAGAAGAGAAAGCAUGGAGCUUUAACUGGGCCAUUGGUAGAACAGCAGCCUUUGUUAUGUUCAGAACCAAAAGACCGCCAAUCAUCAAUUGCUUUAAAAAAAGCUGCAUUAGAAACACUGGAGGCUCUUGUAGUGAUGGGUGGUGCUUUGAGCUGUGAUAGCUGGCGCAGGAGAAUUGAUGAUCUUAUGAUAGAAGUUGUGACAAAUGCUUGUAAAGGGGGAUGGACCCAUGAUGAAAAGCCUUUCCAUUGUAUGGAAACAAGGGCAGUCUGGGAGGAUUUCCAGCUUGUGGCAUUGCAUGCACUUUUGGCUUCUAUUCUAUCCCCUGCCGGUUAUCGACCACCGUAUCUAUCUAAGGGUCUUGAGAUAUUCCAUAAAGGUAAGCAAAAUUCUGGAUCCAAGGUUGCUGAAUUUUGUUCUCAAGCUCUUGUUGCCUUAGAAGUGCUUAUACAUCCUAGGGCACUUCCACUAAUAGAUGUGCCACUGUCAAAUGGCAAUAGCUAUUCUUUUGGGAGGACAGAUUUUGGUGGUCCUACAGACAAGCAACCUCAAAACUUUCUGUAUGAAAUGUACAAGGAAGACAAUCUUGAAUCAGGCGUUCCUGCUCAUGGAGUUCACAAAAAUAUGCAGUUUGAUGGGAAUUCACUAGAUGUUACCAGAGAUCAAAAUCAUAAAGAGUCCAAUGUUGUCAAUGUUUUACCUGAUAACGUGAUGCCAAUGGAGAGAGAUGACGGUUCAAAACCAGCAAACCUUGCCAGUAAAGUAAAAUUUUCUUACGACAGAACAAUGGUUGAUGUGCAACAUCACAAAGAGAGUAAUCAAUCAUCUCUAGCAUCUAUCUGUGAUGACAACCCUGUUGUCGUACCAAUGAGCAGUUCUCAUGUUGCUAUAACUUCAACAACUGAAGUAGAAUAUGUAGUUACUGCUGCUCCGGAUAACAAAGCGAAGAUGCCAAUGAUAGAGCAGGAUGAUGAUUUAUCUGAUUCAUUUCCUGAUAUCAUUGAUGCAGAUCCAGAUACAGAUUCAGAUUCUGAGUAGAAAAUUCUUAGGAACUAUGAAACUCAUUUUCCUUGUAGAACACUUUUAACACCGAAUUUUUUGAAAAAUAGAAAUAAAUUUUUGGAGAGAUAACAAUUAGAUGUAUGCAAUUACCUUUAUUUUAAGGCCCUGUUUUAUUUGUCUUGAAUAUUCUUUAA